GAACUGAGCGUAACCGCACCAAGCCUGACCCGAAACGUUCGAUUUUUAAAAUCCUUAGAUUUCGGUUAUUUUAGUGUUAUGUGCCAGUGACAUUAGACUGAUAUUAAUCUGUGUACCAAAGAAUAUUUAUUAGCUGUGAUAUAAUUUAUGACAUCAAAGAUGAUAGAUAAUUGUGCAUUGUGCAGUGGAUGUUCGAGGGCGCCAAGGAUGAAAAUUAAUUAUUGUUUUCCCAAAAGGCUAUUGGUGGCUGUAUCCAUAAUAGUAAUAAUAGCCAUGUGUCUAACAUCGGCCGAAGCGCGUUCAGUGGAACACAGGCGGCGGCAUCAGAAACGGCAGCCAGACAUGGCACAACUUACCAAAGAGACGCUGAAAAGACCAAAAAAUCCCACAGUAGACAGUUAUAAGAACGCAACGAGGAAAAUUAAACACAAACUAAGAAAUACGAAGAGGUUUUUCGACCAGGACAGGAAGUUGCUGAACGAAACGCGGGACUACAGGGAUGGAAUGCCCAGUUGGCUGCCAACAGUCAAUUUUGUGGACAUCCACUUCCAUGACUACAGGAUGACAAGGAAACCGGGGAGUUCGAUUACAGAAAGAAAGUUCACCUAUCUGAUGCCGAAGCUGUACAAGGCCCUACGCGAGUACGAAUUACUCUUUAGAAGACUGCGCAACGUCCAAGUAAACUUAUCCGACGACCCGUUCAACAACUACGUUGCAUUACGGGAGAAGAUUCUUGACAACACGAUAAACAGACUUCGUAGCACAAUGGCGGAAAUAACCGAGAACAUGGUGGCUGUGAAAAUGCCAGAACCGUCGUUUGACAAGACCAAGAUCCAACUCGAAACAUUGGAGAUGAAAGUUGACGCGACGCAAUGUCUCAAGAACGACUAUAUUGCGUUUAGAGGUUACGGAAACUUACUGAAUAACUGGUAUUCGGAGUUCAGAUGUCCGCUUAGUAAGAAGGACAAGAAGUGCACCGCAUAUCACGCAAAACUGCGAGAGAAGAAAGGGAACAAGCGAUAUAGGAACAGAAUGGCGAAUUGAUUAGGUAGGUUGCUCUCUACGUUUAUUGAGUCGCUCGAAUUUCGUUGAUUAAGUAUUGGGUACUCGCACUGUGAUAUUUAGUAUUCUCUAGUUAGUGAUUUUAAUUUAUUGACUAAGAUAAGUAUGUUAGUUCCUUUUCUAUCUGUUUUGUCUGUCCUUAUUUAUUUUUCUGUGUGUAUUUCACAAAUAUCUCAACUAGUAUUACUAGACGGCUGCUAAGCCUUUUUAGAAAAGACUUUUAGAUUCAUGAAUGUACAGCGCGAAUUUGUUAUUGUGUACGUCUGAAAAUGACAUGACAAAACAUUCAACUAUUUACGGCGUUUAUGAAUAAGAUGUAGUAAUAAGGUGCUUAUUUAUGUUAAUUUAAAUGUACUGUUAGUGAAAUCAGCGACGUUUUAGUAUCAACACUUGAGUAAAUUAUAUUUGGAGGAAAGAUUCGCGUUUCAGUUGCCUAAAAUCCCAAAAAACGGCUGCACCGAAUAACUUUUGCUAAGUGCCGGUGACUUUACCUACACACAAAUAUUGUUAAUAUUGUCAUCCCGAAUCUGUGUAAAUGAUUUGUAAUUUUUACAAUUUAAUAUGUUAUACAUGUGAUGUUAAAAUACAUUUAUAUAUCUUUAUGUAAUAUUCUUUGAUAUCCGACUAUGUUGAUAGUAUGUUUAAGUACCAUUUGAUCUACAAGAUUGUAAAUAAUUACAAUAUAAUUAUAUUUUUGUAUUAUUUAUUGACGAAAUAAACUAAU